AUGGCAGAUUAUCAACCGCCCAGCAUUUUCCCAAAGACCGAGAACAGUAUCUUCACUGAAGCGAGCAAGAAAGAAGUGAACAAAGACGAAGUAAGCAAAGGCAAAGCAGGCGAAGGCGAAGGCCCAGCAAGCAAGGACGAAGCAGGUGAGGGUGAAACUGGGGAAGUCGAAGUCAGCAAAGACGAAUCAACCAAAGACAAAGCAAGCAAGGGCGGAUUAGCCGAAAGCAAAAAGGCAAACGACUGGAUUGUUGAGCUGCAAGGGGACGGGCUCGAGGGGACGAUUCUAAUGCUUGGAAUCAUCCAUGGCCACUUUGACCAGGUACCGUUCAGCCUGAGCGUUCGCAGGCUUCAUGACCUUCUCGUUCUCUGUAACAAAUACAACGUGCUGUCCCUUCUACGACCUUGGAGCUGGCAUUGGCUGAGCGCGAUGCGCUCGAAUCUGAACGAGCCGUAUGUGCUCUGGGUCGCCUGGGAAACGGGCGAUGUUCUGCUGUUCCGCGACAUGGUGGUCAGGAUAGCUGAAGGCGUGCCGAUUUCGACUAUCACCAGACCUAAUGUGAUGUGGGUGCAAUAUGGAAAACAACGGGUGCAUUGGACACCUCCAAGUGGCCAGAUCAAUGAUUUUCCAAUGAUUCCGCUUGAGUGUCUCCAAAACACGAGCGAAAAUGAUUUGUCAGGCCUCAUUGCUCUUACUCGUGUCUUGCUGAUCGAAGCUGCUGUCAAGCCGUACCGCUCUAUUCUAUCACAGAUGAAGAAAACUCACCCUUCGAACCUAAUCACAAUCAAGAAUAAUUGCGUAAAGAACUGCAUUCCAAGCGGCGUCGGUUCUUUGGUUCUGGCGAGCAUGACAGACAACUUCACUAUUUGGGACCCUCGGCUACCUUUCCACUUCACAGGGCACUUGAAGCUGGUUGUGGACCAUCCCUCUGGAAUCAAGAUUACUAUUCCGCAAGGAUAUGGGAACUGUCUCAAGAUGUUCUCAGAUGAGUUGACAAAUGUACGCAGUGUGAUGACAGCAGCUCUCAAGCGCACAGCACCUCUUUCAAAGGACCAGCAGAUGCAUCUCGAGAAACGGGCCUCCCAACUUGGGUUGAGAGUAGAAAACGUCAUGGACAAGGGCACGAUGCACAUGUUGUACGCACUCGGCAGCUGGGUUAUUUGGUGA